UCAGGAAAACCAAAGCGACAGUGGCUGAAGCCUAGUUGGACAGUGAACAAUGCAUAACCUGACUGCCCAAGCCACCAGCAGCUUGCUGCCCUUCUCAGGGGUCACUCUAGAUGCUCUGGGAGAGGAUGAGAUCAGCCUGGACGUUGUUCUUCAGGGCAGAUUCGCUCUUGGUUGCAGCGAGUUGGCCUGGCUGGCCUGUGGACCCCAUCUGGAGAUUGUCCACGCAGUCACUGGAAUUCGACUGUCUGCAUACUGCUUUAGCAGUGGAGGAGAACACCCACCCAGGGUCCUUGCUGCCCGAGACUUCAGCUGGCUCAAACGGUCUGGGUUGUUGGUUGGUUUGGAAGAACCAGAAGGCAGUGUGUUGUGUCUUUAUGACCUGGGACUGUCAAAGGUGGUAAAAGCUGUUUUUAUACCAGGCAGGAUCACAGCUAUUGAGCCACUAGUGAGUUAUGGUGGAGCGAGCACGUCUACUCAGCACCUCCACCAGAGUUUGCGCUGGUUCUUUGGUGUUGCUGCAGUGGUAACGGAUCUUGGUCAUGUUCUGCUUGUGGACCUCUGCCUGGAUCAUCUGCCCUGUAGCCAAAGUGAACAGGAGGCUUCAGACCUGCAGGUGGUGACUAAAACUCCUGCAGACAUCCCCAGGCUGAGAGAGAGUAGCACCAGACAAGGCAGACAUCUUUGCCUCCAGGUGCAUGGACCCAGCGGGACCGGUGUCACAGCUCUACAGUACAUCUCCAGAACCAACCAGCUGGCCGUCGGAUUUUCAAAUGGAUAUUUACAACUGUGGAACAUGAAAACUCUGAAGAAAGAAUACAAUUCUCAGUUGGAGGGUGGCAGAGUGCCUGUGCACGCCUUCACCUUCCAGGAGCCAGAGAACGACCCCAGGAACUGCUGCUACCUCUGGGCUGUUCAGUCCUCUCAGGACCUUGAAGGUGAUUCGGUCAGCCUUCACCUGCUUCAGCUGGCCUUCAGUGAAAGGAAAUGUCUGGCUUCUGGGAAAAUCCUCUACGAGGGUCUAGAGUACUGUGAGGAACGUUACAGCCAGGAUUUAAGUGGCACAGCGUUCCCUCUCAGAGCCCAGACCACAAACACACGUCUGCUCAGCUGCCAGACCAUCGAGAAAUUAAAACCCCAUCCAGACAGGGAUGACAAUAUGAAUGAAGUUGCAUCACCCGACACCAGCUUAUCUAUCUUCAGCUGGCAAGUCAAGGCUUAUGGUCAGGGAACUCCUUCUACAUACAUUGGAGUUUUUGACAUCAACCGUUGGUACCAUGCACAAAUGCCAGAUUCUUUAAGAACUGGAGAGUCUCUGCAGAAUUGUCCCUACUUGGCUGUUUGGUCUCUGGAACCAGUAGUGCAGAUGGUUUCUCCCCACACCCUCCUCGACGUGGUUGUACACGAGUGCAGCCUGAGCAGAGGUCUGCCCUUCACCUGUCCUCCCCCAGAACAGUACUUUAAUCCAACCACUUAUAACUUUGAUGCUACCUGCUUGCUCAACUCUGGAGUUGUGCAUUUAACCUGCUCUGGCCAUCAAAAAGAGACCUUAAGGUUUUUGAAGAAAGCCGCUCCUUGUUCCAGUGACAUCAUCUCCACUAGCUACUCCCACUGCCUCAUGUCUGGCCUCCUCUCCUCCCGCCUGAGUGACACUCAGGCGUCCAGCCUCUCACAGGAGGAGCAGCUUGACGCCAUCUUGUCAACAGCCGUUGAGACCAGUUCUUUGGGUUUGAUCACUGGUUGUAUCAAACAGUGGACUGCAGAAGAACAACCAGGUUCUGCACUGAACCUGCGAUACAUCCUGGAUUGGGCUUGGAACAAAGUAGUCCAGACCAAGGAGGAACUAGAUGGCAUCUGUGCUCCGCUGUUUGACAGCUCCUGUAACUUCACAGAUCCUCAGACGCUGCAGCUGCUGCAGCACAGUCAGAGGCUCCUCAGUAACCUCAGCGCCAUCUUCCACUGUCUGCUCAGUGAAGCUCAGGAGCUCACACAAAAAGGUCUGGCAGGUCUGAUGAACAAGAACAUGGUGUCCAGUCUCAUUUCCACUUACGCCCAGGUGGUUCUCUGGUUCUGCCAUACGGGCUUACUCCCAGAGGGGUCAGAUGAAGAUGCUCUCCAGAUUUCCAGGCUUUUCUACGUUCACUCAGUCAUCAGCAAUUAUUACAGCAUACGCAGAGAAGAGUUGACCAGGUUGGCCAAAAGCAAGUGGUGUGCAGACUGCCUUAUGAUUGACAGCUUGGUUGGUCAUUGUGGUGAACGCUUGACAAACCUUUGGAAAAGGGACGAGGGUGGAACAGGGCAAUACCCACCACCUACACUACAUGCUUUGCUUGACAUCUAUCUACUGGACAAUAUUGAUGAAGCUACCAAACAUGCAAUCGUGAUUUACCUGUUGCUGGAUGUCAUCUACUCCUUCCCUAAUAAAGACGGUGCAUCAGUGGAGUCUUUUCCCACAGCUUUUGCCAUCCCGACAGGAUUAGUGAAAUUAGUGCAAGGCCUCUGGCUGCUGGAUCAUCACGAGCAUCAGAGUUCAUUUGAGCUGCUCUUGCAUCCGGCUGCUUCUCAGUUUUAUUUCGUGUGGCAGCAUGAGCGUGUCCUGCAGGCUCUGAUGUGCCAGGGUCAACAGUCGGUGGCACUUCAGUACUUUCAUGUUACAAAGCCCCCAAUUACCUCCACCUCCCAGGCCAAGCUUUGUCUGUCUGUGCUGCUACACAACAGGUGUCUUACUGAGGCGUGGUGCUUACUUCGGCAGCACUCUAAUCAUUUUAAUGUUGUGGAGCUUCUGGGCUUCCUGUAUGAGAGCUGCCAGGAGCUGGACCUCAUCAAAGAGUUGCUCAAACUUCCCCUGCGCCUCAAUGAACAGGACUGUUUAGAGAAGUUUCUUCAAAGUACAGGAGGUCUCCAAAAUCGAGAACUUCUAAUGGUUCACUACCUUCAACAAGCCAACUACAUUCCCGCUCUGCAGCUCAACCAGAACCUCAAAAUUAACCUGGUGACUGAGCGAGACCCGAAGCUUAAAGAACGAUUCAGCAUCAGAAACUCUAUAUUAGAUCUGUAUGGGAAAGUUUUGCCCAGAGUGCAGAGAAAACUGGCAAUGGAGAGAGCCAAGCCCUACCAGUAUCCCCACACUGUCCAUAGAGAGGUCUCUCGGCCCCAGCCACUGUCGACCAUCACAAAGCGCCCUGCCAACGAGAAGGUGAUGUCCAGGGCUGGAUUCAUCAACAAUGUCCUGACCAAGAUUGAGGAGGUGUGGUUGGGGAAAGAAACUACACCACAUUCUUCUCCAUCCAAGACUACAAGGGUAGCUGAUGUCCAGACCUCCAGUCCUAAGACCCCCAACCAGGCUUUACCUGAUCCCUUCCUUGGAACUCCGAUCAGCAUGACGUCCAAACGAAAGUCAAGGCUGAUGGAUUUGGUGGUCCAUCCCUCCUGUCACACUCCUCGUCCUCUUCUCAGCCCCCCCAGGCCUCCUAGCUCUUGGGUUUCUCCAAAAAGCAUCAGAAAAGCGCCUGAACUCACUUUGCUACAGACACCGCAAGUUGUCAAACGAGCUCGAGCCUUGGCUGCUUCUGGUCCCGUCUUUUCAACUUUUACUCCUCAGUCCAUCCUUCGCAGCAGCCUGAGACCCACACCUGUUGCUACGCCUUCUGCUUCUCCGGGACGCUCCAUCACCCCCCCACUUCGCAGCAAAGAGAGCAGGAUCACCUUUAUCGAAGACGCAGAGGCUCCUGAAACAGAAAAGGCUGUGCGGUGGACUAACGGGAUGGCAGCAGAUAGUGAGAUUAGCCAGCUGAACAGAGGCUCCACAACAUUCAAAGUUGCAUGUAAGACUUUGUCUUCACAACCAUAUGAGGAAGAGCAGCGUCCUCAGGGAAAGUUCUUGCCUCCAGAAGGUGGAGUUUCCUCAACACAGCAUAGAUGCUCUGAGAGUGAGUCAUCCUUCACCAAUGAAGUGACUGAAGAAGCAAGUCCAUCAGAUGGAAAACAGCCUCAUGUUAGUCUGAGCUUUGACACCAGCCAGGCAUCUGUUCGGUCAACAGACACUACUCUAGAGUACUAUGAUGCCCCUCUCUCAGAAGAUCACAUAGGAAUGCAUGGACCCACAGGUCCAGAUGAUGACGACGAUGAUGUGGUGACAGUGAACAUCAAGCCUGUAACUGAAAUGGAAGAAUCAGAAGAAAAUCCUGAUGCAACCACUGAACAACACCUUCAGCUUCUUUCAGAGGAUGCUGAGAAGGAAGAAGAGGUUGGUAAGAAAAGCAGCCUGAGGUCUGAGGAGUUGAUGGAGAGUGGUCCUAAUCUGGAGGCUAACAAUGAAGAAAAAGCAGUGGAUUCUAAAAAGGAGCAAGAUCAGAAUAUUGGAUCAAAUAACGAACAGGAAGAUGGAGCAACUGUUGACCAAGAAGAGCCAUUUCACCAUGAAGAUGGUAACCAGGUUACUGAGAGCUCAGACUCUGAGAUCAAAUCUAAAGAUCUUCCAGUGAAAAACGAAGUAUUGAAUGUCCAGCCGGAGGCCACCGAAUCCUCCGAGUUGAAUAUUGAGGAGCCUAAACCAGCUGAAAAAGCUGAAACCCCAAACGAAAUGGAUCUGGAGCAAGAAACAGAUCUCACAGAGCUUGUCGAGCAGCACCUGUUUGGUGACGAUCUGUCUCUCAGCCGCUCAGCGAUCCACAAUGCAUCACUGAACCAGUCUUCCUUCAGCAGUGAGUCAUUAGAAGAGGUUGAAGAGGAGGACCGGCUCGCUGCCGCAGAUCCCACUGUGUUUGCCACUAAAGCAUCAGCUUCUGUGACGUCCUCUGAGCCAGCGGGUACCGACUCCCACUCGGUUGUGAGUGUCAACGAUAGUGGGGAGUUGUCUAGUCCUGCAUCUGAGGAGGAAGACGAAGAGGAUGAGGAUGAUGAGGAGGAGGAGGAGGAAUCUGAUCAGGAAGAUGAUGAGGAAGAGGAGGACUCUGGUAGUGAGGUGGAGAUCAUUGAGGAGGUCCAGGGUAAUGGGACGCUGCCUCCCCUCCAACCCAGUUCAGAUUUUGUACUGCAGGAACACACACACUUCCUGUCAGCUCUGUCGGAGCAGGAGGCUGCAGAGUUCUCCAUCAUCACAGCUGGUGCAGAGAUGAAGAUGGUGGAGGACGACAUGGAGGGCGAGGUGGUGAUGGUCAGACUCGGUUCGGAUGACGGAGGCAUGGAUUCAGAUGAGAAUGUAGAACAUGGAUCGGCGUUCAUGGAGCUCAAACCGUCCACCUCUCUUCUGGUGCCUGUGGAGCUCGUGGAAGGACAAGAUGGCCUGGCUCACAUUGCUCAGGUGGCUCUUCCUGAGCUUCAGCCAGCUGCUGUGGCAGAUCCACCACAGUCUGACUCUCACAGCAGCUUCACUCUCAUGCUGAAUAUGGAUGAGUAUGAGGUUAAAGAGGCAAUGCUGCCGAUCGAAAACGAUGCACACUCUUCUGAUCCUUCCUCUCAGCCUCAAGAAGAAAAUGACAAAUCUGACAUCAUUACUUUGGACACAGAUAACAUGGAUCCUUCACAAGAGGAAGAGAUGAAGAACUUGGAUGAAAAUAAUGUUGAUGGAUUGGGAGCACAAACGCUUCAAACUGACUUACAAACUGAAAACGUUGCAACAAAGCUGGAGGCAGGAGAUGCUAGAGAACAGAAAAGUCAACAGUUUGUGUUGCUUCAAGAUCAUGAAUCUGCUUCUCUUUCAGUUUAUGUGCCAUCUACAGCUGUAGAGCUUCCUGCAGCUGUACAUGACAACAACUCUGUGGCAAAGGCAGAGUCUGUUGAGGAGAUCGAAGAGGAGAGUAAAUCAGUAUUUGCUGAAGGAGAGCAGAAACCUCAGGGAAAUGGGCCUGUUGAUACCGGCCCAGAGUCUGAGGAAAAUGAGUCCGUUAUAGAGAGGAAGGUACAUGAACCUGAAACUUCAGCAGAGCCCAAAGCUAAGUCAGAGGAGAAUACAGAAAGACCCAGGAGAAGACCGAGGAAGAAAAAUGCUGACGAGAAACCUGUGGAGCAAGUUUUGAUAUCGGAAAGCCAUGCAGACAAAAAGUCAGUCUUACAGACCCCCACCUCUCAGAAAAAGAAACCACCUUCUACUCCAACACGGAGGAUGACGAGAAGGACUGUUACGUUCAUCUCUACAUUACCUGAGGCAGCAGAAGAGCCAGAAGAGGAUGGGGAUGCAAAAACAAGCCGUCUGGUUCCUGUCUCACCCACUCGAACCUCAAGAAAAGGUAGACCGGUUAAAGAGAACAAAAUCCAAACCAGAACACCUCGAAGAAGUACCCGCAACACUCAGCCAGAUCCACCUGAAGGUGAGGGUGAUGCAACGAGCGAUACCUCAGUUGCUUCGACCUCCAAGACCGUUUCUCCAGUUAGACGUUCGCUGAGAGCCACAUCAACACGAACAAGCCAGAGGCUUCAAGAUGGCAGCAAGGAGACGUCUGCAGCUCCAGAAGUUGAAACUGAAGAAGAGAUGGACCAACAGGAUGAGGUCAAGAAUAAAAAGGUUGCUCAAAGAACAAGCUCCAAGACUCCAACCCCUUCUAAACACAGGAUUACUCAAGUAAACACUCCCAGGAGAUCAAGCCGAAGGACGGGCAAUAGCAGUGAAGUGGAGUCAACACCGCUUCAAACGCUCAAAGAGGAGAACGAACCCGAGGAACCCGUUGUCCAUCCUGUGAAACGCACCUUCAGAAAGACUAAAUCAGAGGCGCUUCCUUCCAUGAAGGAGAAGGAAGAGGAUGAAAAGGAGCAACCUUCAAGACCUGUGAGAGCCUCUCGACAAUCCGGAUGGAAUACUCUAAAUCUAUAUCCACAAGUGAAAAUAGUUCCUGUAUCCUUUCCUCAGAGCAACAGGAAGACGAAACAAACCAUCCCAGAAAAAAUCAAAGGAAUCGAAAACCUCUCCGAGCCUGAACUUCACAAAAACGCUGGUCAGAAAAGUUCCCGUCGCACAACCAGAAGCAAACUUUGGGACCACCCUGUAGAAGAUCUCCCCCUGCUGGACUCACCGUUGGAGGUGGAUUCUGAAACCCCGGUUGCAGACGCCCUCAUCAAGAGGCUCCAGGAUGAGAAGGAGAAACAAGAGGGUGGUGUUGCGACAAAGAUGUCGAGAACCAGGCGUACGAGUACAAAAUUAUCAGUGAAGCAGGUUUCAUCUCAGCUUCCUGUUCUUGAUCUCGAUGAAGACAAAUUUAAUCCAGACGAGCAUUCGUACGUCUACUCACCCUCACGACGACAAACUAGAGCGAGCAGAGUCGUGUCUCCUGGUCCCAGUGAGGAGUCGGCGACGCUUGUCACUCGCAGCAGAACGAGAGUGAAAGAUGUCGACCCUCAGGAUAAAAUAUCUUCAGAAGAGGAUUACACAGAAAUGGAGAAAACGACGGGUGUUUCCAAAACCAGAAAUACACGCAAACGACCAGCCAAAUCCAAAGUUGUUUCGGCGCCACUUCCUGUGGCAGAGGCGAACCUGAUCUCUCCUCUGCCCAGUCCAGUUGAUCCGCUCCCACGAGCUCUGAAGAGGAUUAUGGAAGGAGAGGCCCCGACCACCGGCAGGAACGUUCGACACAAACGCGUCCUGGACACGGUUUUUAGAAAACCCGUCACCCGGAGAAAAAAGCUGUAAGGAUGUUGGUGGCGGUUAGAACGAGUUAGCCACCUGAAGGGGAAGAUUUGAACCAGAUCAGUCAAAACUUUGUCAAAUAAAAACUGAUAACUGAACUGAUGAUGGUUUUGUUUUUUCAGAUCCCUCAUAGCGCUGCAAUUUAUAUAUCAAUGUUCCUGUUGAGCUUAAAUUAGAAGCCGUGUAGGUGGCAGGAUAAUAUAUUUUUGGAACUAAAUACAAGAACUGCAGCUUAAAGCAGAAGGUUUUAUUUUUAGAAUUUACAAUUCCCUCAAUUGAUUUUACUUGAUCUUGUAUUUGUGACCAUUUUGUGUAGGAUGUUUUAUGACACUUCAUCUGGUCACAGAAUGGCACAAGAAACGAUAAAAAAAAGUUUUUUUGUGACUCCCAUCAAAGAUUGAGCUGAACUUACCUCAUGCUGAGGUUUUCUUUAAGAUUGUUCUUGAUGUUGUUGAUUACUUUUAAAAUUUCAAGGCCGGCUGUUUUUUUCUACGUGAGGAAGAAGCAAGCAGCCGAC